UUCUAAUUUGGACAUUUUAAUAUUUUGCACAACUUUUCUACAAUGAAAUAUAGCGAAACAUUACGAGUUUACACUGACCAAUGUCUUGUCCUUUCCUAGUAAAAUACCAAGAUGUACUUCCGCUUAGCAGAUCCUCUGUUAUCGAGUUCACACUGCUGCCCUGCUGAUUCAGUCUGAGAUCAGUCUGCAGAUAUGAGUGGUCCAGUGGCUCAUGUGGAAAAUGCACAUGUGGCAGUAUGGAUUGCAUUGAAGAGGCUUGACCUUAAUGAUGACAGAGUUAUAGCUCUGAGAGAAGUUCACAUUCCCAGAGGGACAAAAAUGGCCACAGUGAAACAGAUUGUAGCUCAUUCUUUCAGAUUGGAGGUUGCUCAGGUCACCUUCAAGAUACGAAACAGUCACGGAUUUUUAAUCCCUUUGAAUGGCAGCAUACCAGUGAACACCAAACAAAUGCCUUAUGUCUUGGAGGUGACAAGAUAUUUUCAGCAUGUUAACGCAAAAUCCAGAGACAUUGCCAUGACGGUGAUAAGUAGAAGCUUCAAGUCAAGACUACAGAGUAUUGUGAGAAGGAUUGAAAGACUGGAAGAACUCCUGCCUCAAAUCAAGCAAAAGCAGAAUGAGAAGAUGGUGAAGGACGUUGAACUGUUGAACCAGAAGCUGAUAUUCCUACACAAAAGAAUGCAGAUGGCAGAGUCAUACUGCUGGGAGGGAAUGUUUAAACGAGCACCACUCUGGUGAUAAUUCUUUUUUUUUUGUUCUCCACUCCAACCUCCUGGGUAAACGGCAGGGAAUUUUAGCGUUUUUCAAACAGUUAAACUAUGUGCUCAACUCGUUUACUUACUAAAAUAGUAAUGCUGAAAAACACUUACCAAAGCAUUGUGCCACUGGCCAUUUAUCAGAUUCAUACAUUUAUUCAUUGCAUUACUGCAUAAUGUACAACCUAUCUAUACUUUCAGCAAUAAGCAGUUCGACAAGUGUUAAUUAUAACAUUGUCUAUGUUUACAUGCACAUCAAAUUCCAUUUAAGGUCUAUAUUCGGGUUGCUGUCAUGCUUCUUUCCUACAGCUAAGCGUCUGUUAGAACCCACAAUUCCUUGCGGACUGAGCAUGCACAUAUAUCUCCUUUCAGUGGAUUUUCUGAAAAAAGGUGUUUAGAUUCGGCACAUUUCAGAUUAAAACAGGCAUAUUCAGAAUUUGGGGUAUCAGAAUAUUGUCCUUAUCUGAAUCGGGCAAUCGGACUGCAGUUUACAUGACUCAUUGCUAAUCGGAAUAUUGAUUUGCAUGUAAACAUUGCCAUUGACAACACGACGUAAUAAGGACUUUUCUUCAUCUGUAUUGAAAAUGGGUUCACUCCGUAAGGCUUUUCAGCACUAUGCACUUUUGUGGCAUAUAAGUGCAUUACUAUUUCUUAAAACAAAUACUAAUAUUAAAGUAAAAAGUAACAGCAUCUCAGUGAGAUGCUGGGUCACCAGAUUGCCUUGGAUUUACACCAUUUCAUAUUCAU